AUGGCGUCAGUAGAUGGUUGGAAGCAGUACUUCACUGCUGAGGGCAACGCCUACUACUACAAUGAAGUGUCGGGAGAGACAUCUUGGGACCCUCCCAGCUCUUUGCAGAGCCAUGAUUACAACGCUGAGUUCGUGUGGAUUCCCCACCCUGUCCAUGGCUACAUCACAGGCAAGUUCAUUCAAGAGGACUACGGUGGCACCUCCUACUGCCAGACCGAAGAGGGCGAGCUGGCCAAGGUCGCCAAGUCUGUACUGGACAAGAGUGUGGACGAUCUCGUGCAAAUGGACGACAUUAACGAGGCUAUGAUCGUCCACAACUUGAGGAAGAGGUUCAAGAACGAUCAAAUCUAUACCAACAUUGGUACGAUCUUGAUCUCUGUGAAUCCCUUCAAGCGUCUGCCGCUGUACACCCCCACGGUGAUGGACCAGUACAUGCACAAGGGUACCAAGGAAAUGCCUCCGCACACCUACAACAUCGCCGAUGACGCCUACAGGGCCAUGAUCGACAAUCGUAUGAAUCAGUCCAUCUUGAUCUCCGGCGAGUCUGGCGCUGGUAAGACCGAGUGCACCAAGCAGUGCUUGACCUACUUCGCCGAGUUGGCUGGCUCGACCAAUGGAGUGGAACAGAACAUUCUGCUCGCCAAUCCCAUUCUCGAAUCGUUCGGUAACGCCAAAACGCUGCGCAACAACAACUCCUCGCGUUUCGGUAAGUGGGUGGAGAUCCACUUCGAUCAGAAGGGCUCCAUCUGCGGUGCCUCGACGAUCAACUAUCUGCUCGAGAAGUCGCGCGUCGUGUACCAGAUCAAGGGCGAGCGUAACUUCCACAUCUUCUACCAGCUGGUCAAGGGCGCCACCGCGGAGCAGAGGCGGAGGUGGUUCGUCUCCGGCCCGCCCGAAUCCUUCAAGUUCCUCAGCCAGUCGGGCUGCAUUGACGUCGAGGGAGUCGACGACGUCAAGGAAUUCGAGGAAGUGUUCUUUGCCAUGGGCAAGCUCGGGUUCUCGGAAGACGACAUCAACAACUGCAUGGAGCUGAUCUCGGCCAUCUUGCACUUGGGCAACUUCGAGUUCGUGUCGGGCCAGGGCAAGAACGUGGAGACCUCCACCGUGGCCAACAGGGAGGAGGUGAAGAUCGUCGCGACGCUGCUCAAGAACGUGACCAGCAAGCUGAUGGAGAUCAAGGGCUGCGAUCCCACCCGCAUUCCUCUCACGCCCGUCCAGGCCACCGACGCGACCAACGCCCUGGCCAAGGCCAUCUAUUCCAAGCUGUUCGAUUGGCUCGUGAAGAAGAUUAACGAGUCGAUGGAGCCGCAAAAGGGCGCCAAGACCACCACCAUCGGUGUGCUCGACAUCUUCGGUUUCGAGAUCUUCGACAAGAACAGCUUCGAGCAGCUCUGCAUCAACUUCACCAACGAGAAGCUGCAGCAGCACUUCAACCAGUACACGUUCAAGCUCGAGGAGAAGCUGUACCAGUCCGAGGAGGUCAAAUACGAGCACAUCACCUUCAUCGACAACCAGCCGGUGCUGGACCUGAUCGAGAAGAAGCAGCCGCAGGGCCUCAUGCUCGUCCUCGAUGAGCAGAUCUCCAUCCCCAAGUCCAGCGACGCCACCUUCUUCAUCAAGGCCAACCAGACCCACGGCGGCAAGAAGCACGCCAACUACGAGGAGGUGAGGACCAGCAGGACCGACUUCAUCAUCAAGCACUACGCCGGUGACGUCAUCUACGACUCCACAGGCAUGCUCGAGAAGAACAAGGACACCCUGCAGAAGGAUCUGCUGGUCCUUUCGGAGAGCAGCAAGCAGAAGCUGAUGAACGUCCUCUUCCCGCCCUCGGAGGGCGACCAGAAGACCUCCAAGGUGACCCUCGGUGGUCAGUUCAGGAAGCAACUCGACAGCCUCAUGACCGCCCUCAACGCCACCGAGCCCCACUACAUCAGGUGCAUCAAGCCCAACUCGGAGAAGCAGGCCGAUCUCUUCCACGGCUUCAUGUCGCUGCAGCAGCUCCGCUACGCCGGUGUGUUCGAGGCCGUCCGCAUCCGUCAGACCGGUUACCCGUUCCGCUACUCGCACGAGAACUUCCUCAAGCGGUAUGGUUUCCUCGUCAAGGACAUCCACAAGAGAUACGGCCCCAACCUGAAGCAGAACUGCGACCUCCUCCUCAAGAGCAUGAAGGGCGACUGGUCCAAGGUUCAGGUGGGUAAGACGAGGGUGCUGUACAGAGCGCCGGAGCAGCGGGGUCUCGAGCUGCAGCGCAACAUUGCGGUGGAGCGAGUCACCAUCCAGAUUCAGGCCGGCGUGCGGCGGAUGUUCGCCAGGCGCCUUUACAAGAGGAUGCGCGCCAUCAAGCCGGUGCUGCUCAACGCCAUCAAGUCGCGCUCGCUCAGCGUGCUGGAGCAGGCCAUCGAUGCCGCCAAGGACAUCGAGUUCGACAUGAAGCUCAUCCGCGACUGCAAGGAGCUCAGGAGCGUCAUCUUGAAGGAGAUGGAAAUCACCAAGAAGCUCACUGACUACAUCGGAGCCCCGCCCAACCACAAGACCUACCUGCAAGUGGAGCCGCUCUACGCCCAGCUGUGCGCGGUGCUCACCGAAGCCGAGAGCAUCAACUACUCGACCCCGCUCGUGGAGACCGGUCAGCAGAUCAAGUACAUGAUCGCCCAGCGCGUUGAGACCAGGGAGCAGCUCAAGCAGGCCGUGGAUGGCGCCGUGCGCGUCGACCUCGAGGCGGCGAUCGCGAGGGCCGAGCAGAUCGGACUCGAGGAGAGCGAGCCGACGCUGGCGGCCGGCCGGCAGGAGCUGCAGCGUAUCUACAGAGAGGAGGAGCUGGUGGCGGAGCUCCUCAACGCGCUGGCCGUCGGCAUGGCCAUGCGCACGAGCGAGACGACGUGGGACCACGCCGCGAUCGACGCCCACACGCUCGGGUCGGCCAUCUACGCCGCCGAGUCCUUCGGCUUCCGCACCGAGCAGGGCCGGCUCACCCUUGACGAGGCCAAGGUCAUCGUCGAGGUGCGACAGCACCUGGCCGCCGACGACUACGAGUCGCUGUCCAUGACCCUGAAGAAGGCCACCACCACCCUCAACAAGAACAGCAUGUCCCAGUCGACCAAGACCGAGAUCGACGAGGCCUACGAGGAGCUGUCGCACAACACGGCCGUGAACGACCUGAUCGAGAAGGUGGUGCAGGCCAUCCAGGACCACGACCAGGAGAUGCUCGACUACGGCGUCCAGCAGGCUGACUCCCUGCGCAUCACCGACCGACCAGAGAUGAUGCAGGCUGCCGAGCUGUUGAACAGGAUCGUCAACGCGCGCGCCCUGCUGCGCGAGGGUAUCACCAACGUCGACCAGGCCCAGCUGGAGACGGCCCUCGCCGACGCCGCCUCCUUCGCCUACACCCGCGAGGAGGUGCCCACCGCCCAGCAGCUUCUGGACCGCAUCUACGUCAUCAACCACGACGCCGAUGUCGGUCUCUACUACAUGGAGAAGGAGCCCCUCGAGCGCGCCUGGGCGGGCGCGCAAGAGAUCAACCUCAAGACCGCGCAGAUCGACGAGGUCAGGAACGUUCUGGCCAACGACGAGCAGAAGUUCAUCCAGGAGCAGCUCAAGACUGCCAACAGGCUGGGCGAUCAGGCCAGGGCCAUUCGACUCAACAUCAAGCUCAAGGAGAUCUUCUUCGGCCAGUUCGGCAAGAUGUUCGUCUUCGAGCAGUUCGGCGGCCUGCGCAAGCCCGAGGACUUUGCCAAGGCCAAGCUCCUGGGCAGGGAGGCCCUCAAGCUGGGCAUGUUCAAGUGGACCAAGAGCCCGAUCCCCACCUCGCUCACCACCCUGGACCAGCUCGCCGUCAAGAGCGCCACCCGCCUCUUCAAGAACGUGCUCGGCUUCAUGGGCGACAGGCCGCUGCCGUACCCGAAUGCGCUGGCGCAGGACCUGCUGGAGCAGUGCCUGGCGGCGCCGGAGCUCAGGAACGAGGUGUACUGCCAGAUCAUCAAGCAGCUGACCGAGAACCCGUCGCCGCAGUCGGUGACCAAGGGCUGGCAGCUCAUGCGGUGCUGCCUUCAGACCUUCCCGCCGUCGGAGGAGUUCGCCAACUACCUCGAGAUGUUCCUCGCCGCCAAGGGCAAGGACGACAAGUACAUCGAGUAUGGCGACAAGCGCACGUCGGCGCCUAAUGUGGAGCAGAUCCUCGCCGCCAAGCAAUAUGUGACUCGGAUCGACCUCAACCAGUCGACCCAGGUCGACACGUCGGUGGUGCCGCAGGGCUUCGUGCCCGAGAAGCUGAUCGCCGACGACACGGAGGGCGUGAUCCGUGCGGGUUCCCGUCCGGCGCAGGCGCGCGCUCAGCCCGGCCAGCAGGCUCAGCCCGCCGGUGCGGCCCGGCAACAGGCCGCCGCGCCCGUGCAGGCCGCUGCGGCUACCGCCUCCUACGACUACGGCCAGCAGCAGCAACAGCAGCAGCAGGGCUACGACCAGCAGCAGCAGGCCUAUGGCGGCGGCGCCGACUACGGCCAGCAGCAGCAGCAGCAGGACCUGCCGGCCGAGCCGACCGAAGAGUACAAGCAGGUGGAGGUCGUGUACGACUACGAUGGCGGCGGAGACGCCCAGCGGUUGGUGCUGGUGAAGGGCGCCAUCAUCACCGUCAUCAAGGAGUACGAGGGCUGGGCCUAUGGUUCGACGGAUGACGGCCAGGUGGGCCUCUACCCGAUCAACUACACCCGACCCAUCUAA